AGUUCAAUUGGGAGAACUGUUCUCCAAUGAGUACUUUCAUGGCUGCGAGUGUGAAGCUUAUGCCUAAUACAUGAGAAGCAGUAUCACAACUCAAGUGUUCACAAGUGAUUGGCUCUUUUAUGUAUCAUUUAGUUGUUUUAAAUUCUUUGUAAAUAUUCCUUACAUUGUAUAGCCUCAACUUUUAUAUGGUAAUAUCAAAUUAUUUAAUGAUAUAUUCAUUUGUUAUUUUAUAUUAUUGAAUACAAAUUUUCAUUUAUUUUAAAAUAAAUAUUUUUUAUAGAUAUUUUGAUUUUCUAUAAAUAUUAAAUUAAGAGGUUGAUUAGACAUAUUUUGAGGGUUGUUAUAAUUUUUAAGUUUACAUAAACUGAUUAAAGUUUUCAUUUUUUGAAAUCUUUUUAGAAAUUUUGUUAUUUUACUAAGAAUUAAUUAAUAUUGGGAUAUUUCAUAUUUUAAUUGGUGUUUUAAAAUAGGUAAACAUUCUCAAUAAUAUAUAACUUCUAUACUGAAAAUCUCAUGUCUUUUAAAUUCAAGUAUUCUUAUUUUUUUUCUUGUAAUUCUUGUAUUCUUUACAAAAUAAUUUUCAAUUUUUCAGUUAAUUUUUUAAUUAUUUUAAUAUAUUUAUAUUUAGUUAUUUUCCUAUUUGUUAGUUUAACUUAUUUGAUACUGAUUUUUAGGCUUUUUUAAUAUUUAUUUUAAAAAGAUAAACAGACAGAAAUUAAGAUAAUGAUUUGCUAUAUUUUGAUUAGUGAUUUUAACUUUCAUGUAGAGAUGAUCAAUGUCUUAUAAAUUUUAUAGAGUAAUAUUAAGUUAGUUUUUAGUUAUAUUUUUCCAUUUGUUAGUUUAAAUUAGUUGAUAUAUAUUUUAAUUUAUUUGAAAGAAAUAUUUUUAUCUGGAAUUUUUGAUAUUCUAUGAGUAAAACAUUAAGAUGUUGAUUGAAAUAUUUAAUUGAUUUUAAAAUUUAUCUGAACAUUCUAAACUUUGAUGUAGAGAUGUUCAAUGGCUUAUAAAUUUUAUAGAGUAAUAUUAAGUUAUUUUUUAGUGAUUUUUUUCCUUUGUUAGUUUACAUUAUUUGAUAUAGAAUUUAAUUUUGUUGAAAGAAUUAUUUUUAUCUGGAAUUUUUUUAUAUUCUAUCAGUAUUACAUUAAGAUGUUGAUGAAAUAUUUAAUUGAUGUUUUAAAAUUUAUCUGAACAUUCUAAAUAACGUAUAACUUUAUUUUUUCUGAAAUUAUUGUAUUCUUUACAAGUAAUUUGAACUUUAAUUUCAGCUGAUUUUAUUAUAAUUUUUUUCAAGAUUGGGUAUAUUUUUAAGUUAUUUUUUCAGUUUUGGAAUAUUUUCUGGAAAUAUCAAUAUUUUAAAAGUAAAAACUAAUAUGAUGAUUUUUCAAUUGGUAAUUUGUUAAAUUCUAUGUGGAUAUUCUCCAUCACUUACGUGUUUGUAAGAGCAAACAUUUAAUAAUCAGAUACCAUUUUUAACUGUUGGCAACAUAUAACCAAUUGUUUUUUGUUUUGGUGAUUAAACAAUUCAAGUGGACAGACAACACGUACCAUAGAUAAACUAGGCUUAUAUAUACGGUACCCAAGUCCAAAAGAAAAACACAAGUUCACAAGAAAAAAUCUUGAAGACUUUGAAUAAUCAAGAGAUGCAAAAGAUGAUGAUGAUACUUCUUUUACUGUCAAUAAUUUGUGUUACCAUUCUCUUCUUGAAAAAACAGUCAACAGGGAAGAAAAUCAGUACACCAAGGUCACCGUCGACAGUUCCGGUUAUCGGGAACCUUCAUCAGCUCGGCCGCUACCCUCACCGAUCACUAUGCUCUCUCAGCCAUCGUUAUGGUCCUCGCAUGCUCCUUCACUUUGGCCGUGUCCCUGUUCUUGUAGUCUCUUCAGCGGACGCGGCUCAAGAUGUUUUGAAGACCCACGACCGCGUUUUUGCGAGCCGUCCACGAUCGAAAAUCUUCCGAAAGCUGCACUACGACGGGCGUGAUGUAGGCUUAGCUCCUUAUGGAGAGUAUUGGAGACAAAUGAAGAGUGUGUGUGUCCUUCAUCUCCUAAGCAACAAGAUGGUACGGUCCUUUCGAGACGUACGAAAAGAAGAGAUCAGAAUAUUGAUGGAAAAUGUCAGGAAAUCAAAUUCUUCGCGGAUUAAUCUAAGCAAGCUAUUGGCGAGUUUAACUAACGAUGUAAUAUGUAGAGUUGCUUUUGGAAAGAAAUACGGUGGUGACACAGAUUUUAUGGAGUUAAUAGAGAGGUUCGAGAAGCUGUUGGGAUCAUUUAGUAUCGGAACUUAUGUACCAUGGCUUGCAUGGCUUGAUUGGAUCAGCGGUUUGGAUGCUGAAGUAGAAAAGACGAAAAAUGAUUUUGAUGAAUUCUUAGAGAGAGUUGUACAAGAUCAUGUAGAUGGUGGCAGAGAUAAGAAUGAUUUUGUCCAUGUAUUGCUAGCAAUUCAGAGAGAGAAGAGCAUCGGGUUUGAAAUCGACCGAAUAAGCAUAAAGGCUAUUAUCAUGAAUAUUUUUGUGGGUGGUACGGACACAUCUUUUACAGUUAUGGAAUGGGCAAUGACAGAGCUUUUACGUCACCCAGAGUGUCUGAACAUCCUUCAAGAAGAAGUCCAUGGGAUUUGUAAGGGAAAAUCGAAUGUAUCAGAAGAAGAAAUUCAAGACAUGAAAUACUUAAAAGCUGUGAUCAAAGAGACAAUGAGGUUACAUCCUCCACUUCCGUUGUUGGUUCCUCAUGAAUCAACACAUGAUGUCCAAUUAAGAGAUUACUAUAUACCAACCGGUACGCAGGUUAUGAUCAAUGUUUGGGCCAUUGGGAGAGAGGCUGCAACCUGGGGACCAGACGCAGAGUUGUUUAGACCGGAGAGGCAUUUAGAUACGUCUGUUGAUUUCCGGGGUCAGGAUUUUCAUUUGAUUCCGUUUGGUGCAGGAAGAAGAAUUUGCCCAGCGAUAUCGUUCGCUACGGUGCUGAUUGAGUUGGUUUUAGCUAACUUAGUGCAUCAAUUUGAUUGGAGAUCCACAGAUGAUGAUCAGACUGAUGUUCCUGAAGCAAUUGGCAUUGGGAUUCGCCGCAUGCUGCCUCUUUAUGCCAUUGCGUCUUCUACUACUUAACUUGGGGCGUUAUAUAAUGAUUUAUUUUAUGUAAGGGGGUUACCUUUUUCUGCGCCAGGGUAUCUGGUUUUAUUUGUUUUUUUCUUCCUAAAGUUGUUUUCACCUAUUGUCAAGUGAUUUUGUUUUAAAUCACUUAUUUUGUUUUCUCUAUCAUAUUCAAAAGAACUCGUGUUUGAUAAAAUAAGAAUCUGCGUUUCACAAAAAAAUACAUAAAACGGUCCUGAAAGAGCACACGUUUUUUUGGUGCAUUGAGAAAAUGGGUCUUUAUUUUUUAUAUUAAAAUGUCAUUUCAUUACUAAAACAUGAAGUGAUCAGUAAAGCUAUAACGAAAACAACUAACAAAACAAAGUUUUCUAUAAAAAAACUCUAACAUUUCUAUGAGAACUGGUUUUUAAAACUAUGUGGAUUAGAAGAAAAACAUAUUAAUGAACCUUUAAAUUAAUAAAAAAAUAUUAACGGACGAGGGAUUCAUCGAACACUCCGCUUCUUACACAAAAGUUUUAAAGUUCAAAAAAGUGUCACGUGAACCUUGUUUCAAAGAGAAACUGGAGCUUAAAAAUGACGUGGGUCUAAAGAAAAGUGGAAAAAGAAACGAGCUUAGAAUUCAAAAACGGGUCACGUGUGCCUUGUUUCAAAGAGAAACCGAAGACUUGGAAAUGACGUGGGUUUAUAGCAAAAGAUGGUAACAGAAAACUCAUGCGCCUAGAAUUGCACGGUGAGAUAGAAACAGGUGGGUAUUUAUGCGGAAACCACAUUCAUCUUAAGACAUGAUAUAUUAUGGUUCGAGUCUUUUACGAGUCUUUGUAGAUUCAGGUACGGUUGGACAAAAAUGAAGAGUCUAGAGCACUCUCGAACUUAGAGAAAAUUGGAGAUGAAACCCGAAGUUGGAAUCAAUUUUUGGAGUUGGUGUCGAUCGACACCCACAAUCGUGUUCGUCGACACCUAUCGUUGACUGAAAUUCCUCACAUGUUUUUAUCAAGUUUCAAGAAUUAAACAAUUCCCAAAGUUUCUGCUUAUUUGCAGUUUAAGUCUUUAACGUGUUUUAGACCUAUGUCUAUUAUUUUUAAAUUAUUAUUAGGCUAAUCCUAUGGUGAUCUUAUGUGUUUAUCCCUUUUCUCACAAAAAUAUUUUUCUAAACAUGAAAAAAUUGGUUACAAGGAAAUUGCUGGAGAUCCGGUCUUUGCUGUUUAUGAAGAUGAAGGCCUGAUUCCAAUGGAAUACUGAGUCGACGACGAUCAAGUUCAAGAGAACGUUGAUGAAGUUUGUCUUCACAUGAUGGAAAAUGUGCAACUUGAGCCAACAAAGGACAUUCACAUUAAUAACAAAGUUGAUGAGAGGAGUUAUAAUCUCUUGGAAUCGCUUGAUGCAGAAUCUUAUGAAAAGAUUAAUGAGAUUGAAGUUUGGAAUAAUUACGUCAGAUGGUUUGAAAAUUUUUAUCAAUGGAUAAAGAAGAAGAAGAAAAACGAGAUAAAAACAAUGGUUAAGAUUUGAGGAAAAAUCUUCUUCGAUCCGGAAAAAAAUGAUGUAAAUAAAUGUUUGGAAUAUUUUCAAAUAUUGUUUUAGAUAAUUAUCUUUAUUAUUUUAGGAUUUUAUGGUUUUCUUAUAUAUAGUAUUUUAGUUUUAAGUUUGUGAUUUUCAUGUGUAACAUUGCAGCAUCAUGAGCAACAAGGAAACACAACUUUUGAAU